GUGUUUGAAGAUGAGCACGUGAAGGCCAUAGAGCUAGUCCAGGAUGUGAAGCUGGCAGAUGGAUCUACUCAGCACAAAUUGUAUACACUCCCCUCCACCUCUUCUGGGAGAGCAUACAGACCAUGUUUUGUCACAAGUGCUGAAUUAUUCGCCAGAAAAAAUCGGAGAACUGAAAAAGAAUGGCCAUAUAAAGAUCUCCCAACAUUGCGGUUGAGGCUUAAAAAGCCUAAAUCCAAGAAACAAGUAAAAUGGGGUGAAGAUACAGUUGAUAAUGAACACUUAAAUAAGAAAAAAUCCAAAUGUUGCUGCAUUUACAACAAACCUAGGGCAUUUGGUGAGAGUUCGGACAGUGAAGAUGACGACGAGUGCGACAACUGUCACGGGCAUGUUGAGAGGCGGAAAAAAGCUCGAGGUGAAGGGGGUGGGGACCAAGACACCGCCCCUACCUCUACCCCUCCCCCACUGGUACCUGCCUAGACUCCAUAUCUUAGCCACGCACUGUAUUUUGUACUGAUCACCCAUUCUUGUGUAGAUUACUAUUAUACUGUAUACACCAUUGUAUUUUUAGGCUUUUAAAUUAUAAUAUAAGUUAUUGUCAGAUCAUA